GACAGGAGAGGUUGGGACACAAGGGCCAAGUUGAGAGUGUGUCUCAACCCAGUGCCUUCAUUGAGCCCGGAUCUUCAUCUGCCCUGGCAGUGGAGCUUAGCACAGACAAGCCACGAACUGCUGGGCCACCACUGCCCCCCACUCUGGCACCUGCCUUGCAGAUUAUCUCUUAAGCAGAUAGAUACCCCCUUCCAUACUGGGGAUGUAGAGCUUGGAAACUAGAAAAUGCUAGGUCUGAGAGAGGGGAAAGAACAAGCCCAGCAACACACAGAGCUCUGUGUAUUCAGAGGGAAGUUGGCAGAGCUGUGUUCGGGCAGAGAAACUCCGAGUGGUACAAAGGGACGUGCUCAGAGUGGAGAAAUCAUGCUAAUUGUCUGCACCAGAGCUGGAGAACGCCACCCAAAAUGAAGAGAGAAAGGGGAGCCCUGUCCAGAGCCUCCAGGGCCCUGCACCUCGCUCCUUUUGUCUACCUACUUCUGAUCCAGACAGACCCCCUGGAGGGGGUGAACAUCACCAGCCCGGUGCGCCUGAUCCAUGGCACGGUGGGGAAGUCGGCCCUGCUCUCUGUGCAGUACAGCAGCACCAGCAGUGACAAGCCCGUAGUGAAGUGGCAGCUGAAGCGGGACAAGCCAGUGACCGUGGUGCAGUCCAUCGGCACGGAGGUCAUUGGCACCCUGCGGCCCGACUAUCGAGACCGAAUUCGGCUCUUUGAAAAUGGCUCCCUGCUUCUCAGCGACCUGCAACUGGCGGACGAGGGCACCUAUGAGGUUGAGAUCUCCAUCACUGAUGACACCUUCACUGGGGAGAAGACCAUUAACCUCACUGUGGAUGUGCCCAUUUCGAGGCCACAGGUAUUAGUGGCUUCGACCACUGUGCUGGAGCUCAGCGAGGCCUUCACCCUGAACUGCUCACAUGAGAACGGCACCAAGCCCAGCUACACCUGGCUGAAGGAUGGCAAGCCCCUCCUCAACGACUCGCGGAUGCUCCUGUCCCCUGACCAAAAGGUGCUCACCAUCACCCGCGUGCUCAUGGAGGAUGACGACCUGUACAGCUGUGUGGUGGAGAACCCCAUCAGCCAGGGCCGCAGCCCGCCCGUCAAGAUCACAGUGUACAGAAGAAGCUCCCUGUACAUCAUCUUGUCUACAGGAGGCAUCUUCCUCCUUGUGACCUUGGUAACAGUCUGUGCCUGCUGGAAACCCUCCAAAAAGUCUAGGAAGAAGAGGAAGCUGGAGAAGCAAAACUCCCUGGAAUACAUGGAUCAGAAUGAGGACCGCCUGAAAUCAGAAGACACCCUGCCGCGAGGCGGAGAACAAGAUCGCAAGAACCCCAUGGCAUUGUACGUUCUGAAGGACAAGGACUCUCCGGAGCCCGAGGAGAACCCCGCGCCGGAGCCUCGGAGCGCGACAGAGCCCGGCCCGCCCGGCUACUCCGUGUCGCCCACAGUGCCGGGCCGCUCGCCCGGGCUGCCCAUCCGCUCGGCCCGCCGCUACCCGCGCUCGCCAGCGCGCUCCCCUGCCACCGGCCGGACGCACUCGUCGCCGCCGCGCGCCCCGAGCUCGCCGGGCCGCUCGCGCAGCGCCUCGCGCACACUGCGGACUGCGGGCGUGCACAUGAUCCGUGAGCAGGACGAGGCGGGCCCGGUGGAGAUCAGCGCCUGAGCGCCGCGGGACCCCGGGGGACGCGCCCGCGGGCGAGGGGAGGUCCCGGCAGGGCGCACGCGUCUCGGGCAUGGUCGGCAAGAGCAUGCGCGGGUGGGCGCAGCGGGGCGUGGAUCUGGUGGUGAAAGCCGUUCCCGGCGGUGUUCUCAGCGGGUAUGGACUGUGCCCUCUUAGGACCGUAUAGAGUUUUAAAUCUCCAGCUCAAUCCCCAGAAGGGUCUUAUGGACACUAACACCAGUAACCUAACCCCCUUGACUGUCCUGGCUCUGCCCAGGGAGCUCCUACGCUUUCCAGCCACCCCAUUGGCUCCCAAGAAGCCUUAUUCCUGGGCAUAUUUUUGACAACCCCAAAUUAGAGAGGCCACCUGCCCCAAACGCACAACUGUCCUAAACUACGAAGAAGUUUCGCAUACUGGCGCUGUUCUGAGCACCCGAGGAAUCAUUGUGAAGGGAGUGAUUUGGGGCCCCUUCGCCGGGCACCUGCUGCCUGGGGAUCUGCGUGUUGGUGAAGGGGGGGCGGGGCACAAGGACAUUUUUCCUCCCUGUCCUGACCAAGCCAACUGUGCUUGACCUUGACCUCCUCCCAAAGCCUCCCUUGGCAGCAGGACAAGUCUUUGUGUCUCUGUUCAGGACUAAAAGAGAGGGGUGGGCUUACUCAGACAGGGAGUGCCUUCCCACUCAGUGCCCUGGCAGAGAGAGCCAGAACGAGUAGGGGAACUGCUUUUCACCCCUGGCACUCGUGCCCUCUCCCUAGCUUCCCUCCAAAACAAGCUUUGCAAACAAUCAUUACACCUGAGAAGGGUGUUGCAUUUUUCUCCAUCUGUCAGAGAGUAAGGUUCUCAUCUCCAGAGACAUGGUGGGAGGAGGGGGCGGAGCAUUCAAGACCACGUGGCCCAACCCCUGGCCUCCUGCCAUCCCCCCCCCCGGACCCCCCCCCCCCCCGGCGCUGCUCCCAGAUGCUGGCAUCCUUAAUCACACCACCGUAGAACACAGAGGGACUGGGUUCCUGGGCAGCCAGGCCAUGCCCAUGCCAUACCUCUUGAACAAUUAGUAGGAGAGGCAGUAUUCUGCAUGAGGAGAGAGGCGAUUUAAAAGCUGGAAGAGGAGGGAGGCUCUCUGGGUGUUCUGUCCUCUCCCUCCUGGUGCCUCCAAGGUCUUCCCACCCCUAACCCUUCCCCAUCCUCCCGAGGUCCAGCUCUGAGUCUCCACCAUCCCACAGAGCAAUCCCAAGGCCCCAGCUACCCACCACCUCCACUGGUGCAAGUUUUGUCCCAGCCCCAAGGGCCCCCUCGGCCCCACCCUGGUAGCACACCCCUCUUGGCUCCCCUCCACACUUCCCCAGCCCCACUUGAGCAGUAGUCUUCCUUAGCCAGAACCAACCCUGGCCCGUAAUGAGAUAGCGCAUGUAGGGGAAAGUUGCUCAGAUGGGUGGAAGAGGCAGGAGCUGGAGAAAGGGUACCUGCUGGUCAGCCUUGAAAUGCAGGGGUGAAGGUUGGGGUGAGAUGAGAGCACGCCGCACCCUGGUGCUGAGUCCCUGAAGGGCAGCUUCCCAGGCUCAAGCCAAAUCUGCCUGAAAUCUGUGGGGGUAUGGAAGGAAGUGGUUUCUCUGUUUUGUUUUGUUUUGCUCUUCAUCUUUGUAUUACUAGCAUCUAGUGGGUGCCUAGCACACCCUGGGUGCUCAAUAAACUUUUGAUGAAAUGAAAGGACAACUUUAUUCCACUUAAGUGA